AUGCGCCUCUCCAAAACCCUCGUCGACAUGGACAUGGCUGACUACAGUGCCGCGCUGGACCCAGCCUACACCACCCUCGAGUUCGAGAAUGUGCAGGUGUUGACGAUGGGCAAUGACACAUCCCCAUCAGAAGGUGCCAACCUCAACGCACCCAACAGCCUGGGUGUCAGCGCCCUGUGUGCCAUCUGUGGGGACCGGGCCACUGGGAAACACUACGGUGCCUCGAGCUGUGACGGUUGCAAGGGCUUCUUCCGGAGGAGCGUGAGAAAGAACCACAUGUACUCCUGCAGGUUUAGUCGGCAGUGUGUGGUGGACAAAGACAAGAGGAAUCAGUGCCGCUACUGCAGGCUCAAGAAGUGCUUCCGGGCUGGCAUGAAGAAGGAAGCUGUGCAAAAUGAGCGGGACCGGAUCAGCACUCGCCGGUCAAGCUAUGAGGACAGCAGCCUGCCCUCCAUCAGCGCAUUGCUGCAGGCCGAGGUCCUGUCCCAGCAGAUCACCUCCCCUGUCUCCGGGAUCAACGGAGACAUUCGGGCGAAAAAGAUCGCCAGCAUCGCAGACGUGUGCGAGUCCAUGAAGGAGCAGCUGCUGGUGCUCGUUGAGUGGGCCAAGUACAUUCCUGCUUUCUGCGAGCUCCCUCUGGACGACCAGGUGGCCCUGCUCAGAGCCCAUGCUGGUGAACACCUGCUGCUCGGAGCCACCAAGCGGUCCAUGGUGUUCAAGGACGUUCUGCUUCUAGGCAAUGACUACAUCGUCCCUCGGCACUGCCCAGAGCUGGCAGAGAUGAGUCGAGUGUCCAUGCGCAUCCUCGAUGAGCUGGUGCUGCCCUUCCAGGAGCUACAGAUAGAUGACAACGAGUACGCCUGCCUCAAAGCCAUCAUCUUCUUCGACCCAGAUGCCAAGGGGCUGAGCGACCCGGGCAAGAUCAAGCGGCUGCGCUCCCAGGUGCAGGUGAGCCUGGAGGACUACAUCAAUGACCGCCAGUACGACUCCCGCGGCCGCUUCGGUGAGCUUCUGCUCCUGCUGCCCACCCUGCAGAGCAUCACCUGGCAGAUGAUCGAGCAGAUCCAGUUUAUCAAGCUCUUCGGCAUGGCCAAGAUCGACAACCUGCUGCAGGAGAUGCUGCUGGGAGGGUCCUCCAGUGAUGCACCUCAUGCCCAUCAUCCCCUGCACCCACAUCUGAUGCAGGAACACAUGGGCACGAAUGUCAUUGUUGCCAACACGAUGCCCUCUCAUCUCAGCAAUGGACAGAUGUGUGAGUGGCCCCGACCCAGGGGGCAAGCAGCUACCCCUGAGACUCCACAGCCCUCACCGCCAGGUGGCUCGGGGUCUGAGCCCUACAAGCUCCUGCCGGGAGCAAUUGCCACCAUUGUCAAGCCCCCCUCUGCCAUCCCCCAGCCGACCAUCACCAAGCAGGAAGUCAUCUAGCAAGCCGCGGGGGGUCGGGGGCUCUGCUGGCCUCCCAGCCCCCUCAGAGAGCCCCGGUGGUCUCUUGUUCCCAGGGAAGGAAGCUGUGACAACAAGGCCAGUCUCAGGGCAGCAGUGGAAAGGGCAAGGGGACCAAGAACUUGGGCUGUGGGCCACAUCCCAUCGCUACCCUCCACCCGCUGCUCGGGAUGACAGGGCUCUGACUUGGGGAGACCCCAGAUGGAAAAUCCUCUGCCGCCUUGGACAACUCUUCUCUUGCUGAAGCCACUGCCUUCCCCUUCAUCAUACCUUCCCCCAACUUCUUCAGCCCCAAAGGACAGCUGUCUGGAGACGACAUGGGACCUUGCUUAAUAGCUCCCUUCCCCUUCAGACUGGUACUUCUUUCUCCAAGUACUGUCCUAGUCCCCAGACACUGAGCCCUCCAAGGCUGGGUCAGAUCGGGGCAUCUGACCCCUCCCUGUUCUGCUGCCCCAAUCUCCAACGCUUCUCUCCACCUGCCACUCUCACCUUCCUCAGCCAUCCUAAUUUCUCCACAGCCACCUCUCCAGGGGCUGAAGAAGACUUGCAAACAGUCCCCCAGUCAUUCCAGGAGCAUUUUAAAAGACUAGCUGGGCUAGGCACAGUGCGGGACUGUUGAGAAGGAAGACACCAUUCCACCUCUGACCCAUGGCUCUUCCCUUCUUAGGGAAUCGGGCGGGUACCCAGGGUGAUGCUCUCCACAGACUGUCAACAACGAGAGGACAACCCAAGGUGGACAAUUGCAACAGGAACUUGGAGGGGCUGAAGUGGUUAGAGAAAGUUCGGGGAAAGGGGCAGACUCUGCAUUAGGCCUUUAAGGAAGGGCUGGAUUCCAGCCAGCAGAGCAGGUGAGAAGGCCUUUCCAAGGAGGGGCAAACAGUCUGGGCAAGGCCCCAGGUUGGAAGAAGGGCACAGGGGGGAGGUGAUGGAAAGACCAGGCUGUUUGGAGCAACAGAGGAGCCUUGAAUGCCAGGACUGAGGCACUGAGGUUUGGGAGUAGCUAGGGAGGAUGCGCAGUGAGCCGGGAGGGAGCAGGGAGAUCAGAUGGGGGGCUGGUGAUGUGAUCCAGGUGAGAGUGAGGAGACCUGGAGAUGAAGAUGGAUGGGUGCGAGCUCAGCUCAGAAGGAUGUCAGGGAGGAAUUACCCCCGUCCUGGGCCUCUCUCAAACUCUGCCUCAUUUCUGGCGCUGUGUUAAGGCACUUGACAUGCAUCAUCUCAUUGCAUCUUCUCUAUUACCCAGAGACUGUUGCAGAAGAUGAAAUUGAGGUCUAAGUGGUUAAGUGAUUUUCCUAGAACUCACACAGCUAGUAAGUGGCUGAGUCAGGAUUGGAUCCCAGGUCUGCCUGGAUCAUAAUAGGAGUUCUUAACCAGGGUGGCUGAGCAUCUCUGAAAGGGCCCCUCUCUCCUCACUGUGAGCCAGUUGAUGGACUUCCUGCCCCUGUCAUCAGCCUCAGAAGCCAAAGUCUUAUUCUUCCCAGGGGCCCUGCCCACACCCAGGACUAAGAUUGGCUUGGAGUUAUACUGAUGUCCGGGUAGGGUCCAGCAUCCUGUCUGCUAAAGAACAGGAGAAUUCAUAACUCUUGGACCCCUUUCCUCUCCUCACUCCCCAAGUCCGGGGGAGGGGCGUCAGGGGUCUGGUUCUUAGGAGAUGGACCAAUGUGGCCUGGCAGUCCAAGAGUUGGAUAGUUUGGGUGGGCCAGGGAAAGAUGAGAAGCCCUGGGUUUGAGCACUGCUCUGAAACAUUAAGCCCCAAAAUGGAACGGCCAGCACAUCAUCCUUGGGAAUUUUGGUGGCUUUGGGAAAAUUCUGGAAAGUGCUACUAGCCAUUGGGAACAAAAGAGAUGUGUUGUGGGGCUGGAGCUGUGCUUAGGUAGGAGAGUGAACAGUUAGCCUGGCCACCUAUCCCCACCCCAGGCUGACUGUUCUGAGUGGACGGAGGCAGGACCGCAGUGCCCCCAAAUUCCACCAUUAGUGAUUGCUUUUUGUGACAGAGGCAUGGGGGGUUUGAGGGCAGUAUGUCCAAGAGAAACCUCUACAUCUCCAGCGGUCCCAGGAGCAGCCUGCCUGUGCCUCCAAGCUAAGUCCCCAGUCCCAGGAGAGACUGUCCCAUGCUCAGAGCUCUCAAGCCUUCCCAGCCAUCCCUCAUUCUGAGUCCCCAGAAAUCCCAGUCAGGGAACCCAGGCUCGUCUGGGGUAAGGUGGGGAAGCCAGAAUCUUUCUGUCAUUGUGGUCAUUCCCACUCUUUGCUCCUCCAGCCCCCAGUGUUGCUCAGGCCUCGGUCAUGGGAGCGAAGUUGAGAUAAGAAUUUUCCACAGGAUGGAGUAAGCUAGCAGUGGCUUUUAACAGUAGCAAUCUUCUGGGUCAGGGGCUCAGUCCUCAGCCCCAAAUUAACCCUUCCAGGAGGAGAAAUCCAUUCCAUUUUAAUAAUUUUAUUGUAAUGCAGGAAGCCCAAAACAGAGCAGUUUACUUUUCUGAUUCUGAGGAUAUGGCAUUGGAAAAUCUCUCUCUCUCUCUUUGCCACCUGAGUUCUGGUCCUAAAAUAUAAAAUCUGGAGAACUAAACAAGGGUUGGGAGGGCAAGCAUGGACCCUCCAGUUCCUCCCCUGAGAUAGCCUUUUCUCUGGGCAGCUCUCAGGAGCUUCCAGAAUUCACAUGACUCCCUGCAGCAUGGACAGAGGAGAGGGUUGGAGGUGUAUGCCCUUGGACUUUGUGUGAUGACCAAGCCAAUUACUUUUGCCAAAUUGUUCUGUGAUUUUCCCUGACUGGGAUGAAUUGUGAAAUUCACACCAAGCGAUUCUGCUUCCUGUGGGUGUGAUUACCACCAGCUCCUGUGUGGACCCCUGAGCCCGUCACUGCCGCCCAAUGGGGCAAAGAAGCAAAAAAACCAUUUCUUACUCUUGUGUGUUUUAACAAAAGUUUAUAAAGCAAAAUAAAUGG